GCUCAGCAGAGCGCGCCAAGGCACAGCCACUGAGCAGGGUCUUGCACCUGCACCAGACACCUUCCCAUUUGAUUCCUUCCAACGUAAACCUCCUUAUCACCCUGAGCUCCCCCUUUCUGAAGCAGUCAUGGCUGUGGCAAAGAAUGUCAGGGACCUCCAGGGAGCUGUUUCCCUCAAUUUGGACCUUAGGUCAUCUCCCCAAAGUACCAAGAACCUGCAGAACAAGGACUCCGGUUUCUUGGAUGUAAACUCUUCAGAAUCCACGGAUUUGGACAAGACCAAGGGCAUAACAGGGUUCCAGACCUUGGUUCAUGUGUUGAAAGGCAACAUGGGCACAGGGAUCCUGGGACUACCCCUGGCUGUGAAGAAUGCUGGCAUCCUGAUGGGUCCGCUCAGUUUACUGGUGAUGGGCUUCAUUGCCUGCCACUGUAUGCACAUCUUGGUCAGGUGUGCCCGGCACUUCUGUCACAGGCUCAACAAGCCCUUUAUGGACUAUGGGGAUACCGUGAUGCAUGGACUAGAAGCCAGCCCCAGCACCUGGCUCCAAACUCACGCCCACUGGGGGAGGCAUAUAGUGAGCUUCUUCCUCAUUAUCACCCAGCUGGGCUUCUGCUGCGUGUACAUCGUGUUUCUGGCUGAGAAUUUAAAACAGGUAGUGGAAGCUGUUAACAGCACAACCAACAACUGUUAUAACAACGAGACAGUGAUCCCGAUGCCCACCAUGGAUUCGCGACUCUACAUGCUUUCCUUCCUGCCUGUCCUGGUGCUGCUGGUCUUCAUCAGGAACCUCCGGAUCCUGACCAUCUUCUCCAUGUUGGCCAACAUUAGCAUGCUGGCCAGCUUGAUUAUCAUUGCCCAGUACAUUGCCCAGGAAAUUCCAGACCCCAGCCGGCUGCCACUGGUGGCGAGUUGGAAGACCUACCCUCUCUUCUUUGGAACAGCCAUUUUUUCGUUUGAAAGCAUCGGUGUGGUCUUGCCUCUGGAAAACAAGAUGAAGGAUGCCAGCCGCUUCCCAGCCAUCCUGUCUUUGGGAUUGUCCAUCGUCACUGCCCUGUACACCAGCAUUGGAACUCUGGGAUACCUGCGUUUUGGGGAGGACAUCAAGGCCAGCAUAACCCUUAACCUGCCCAAUUGCUGGCUAUACCAGUUGGUCAAGCUCCUCUACAUCAUUGGAAUCCUGUGUACCUAUGCCUUGCAGUUCUAUGUCCCUGCAGAAAUCAUCAUCCCCUUUACCGUCUCCCGGGUGUCAAAGCGCUGGUCACUGCUUGUGGACCUGUCCAUGCGCUUUGCCCUGGUCUGCCUGACAUGCAUCUUGGCCGUCCUUGUCCCCCGCCUGGACCUGGUCCUCUCCCUGGUGGGCUCCGUGAGCAGCAGCACCCUGGCCCUCAUCAUCCCCCCGUUGCUGGAGAUCACCACCUACUACUCAGAGGGCAUGAACCCCCUCACCAUCGCCAAGGACGCCCUCAUCAGCAUCCUGGGCUUUGUGGGCUUUGUGGCGGGGACUUACCAGGCCCUUGAUGAACUGAUCAAGCCCGAAGACUCUCUCCCCUUUUCCAACUCCACCAUUUUUAUUCAGUGAGAUUGUCGCUGCUCCUCACUCACCAGCAUGUGCCUCAUAAUGAUAUGGAUCUUUUUUAUAUGGACAAUCUUUAUGUUGCUGUUUUGCCUUUUCUCUGGGCAAAGUCACAGUAAAGCAAGCAAGAACUCAGCAGCUAUGAGAUCUAAACGGUAGUUUUAAAAAAUUAUUGUUUUUGUUGUUUAUUCCUCCCCCUUCCUCCUCUAGCUUUCCACUAUGUUUAGAACUCUCCCAUGGAAGGUUCUGUAUUCUACCAGAAUUUUUUGAUGAGGUUCCCACCUUGAGUGGAGCUAGGCAGGAAGAAGCUAUGAGGGGGCUCCAGAUGGCAGCAACUUGCAGAAGGAGGUGCCACUAGCUAAGGCUGACCAUACUGUGGUAGACAAAAGGUUUUCCCUUUUCCUGAUCAGUUCAAACAGUAGACUGAGUGGGGACAUAAUGCACAAUUCAGCAAGGUAUGAAGAACUCCAGCAUCAGAAAUGGUUGGGUCCAAGAUAACCAAUAUCUCUCAGAAAAGCACCAUCCAUAUUAAUUUCCAAACCACUAGAUUCAGUUUUAGCCCAGUUCAAAGAUCCCAACAGUGAAAAGAAUGCACAGGUCUAGAUGUGCUGAGAGAUGGAGUGGUAGACAUGAGAAGUAUUUGAAUAGACUUUACCUCUUAAUUCUUGCAAUUAACAUUCUUGAUGAUGACCUACUGUGUGCCAAGCAUAAUGCAAGAUUCUUAUAGUGACUUGGAAAAGUGGCCAUAAGUUUCUCUUGACCAAAUGGACUUGCAGCCCCCUAUCAAGAGGUGAGUCUAUACCUCCAUGCCUUGUAUAUGAUCUUAACCUUUUAACUUGCUUUGGCAAGUGGGACAUCAGUAAAUGUGAUGCAAGCAGAGAUUUGGUGAUAACUUAUGCACGGAGACUUGCAUUCUUAUUGCUGUAUUGAGCUGAGACCAUCAAGUGAAAACACCUGGGGCAGCUGACUGGAGGAGAAGAGAUGCUGUGGAAGAGAAAACAAUCACCCCAGCUGAGCUCUUUCCCCCAGAUCAACCAGCCUGUCAACUUCUAGACACAUGAGGGAGGCCAACCUGGACCACAUCCAGCUUCAGUCAUAAGACAAUAAGAAUUGUGUAGAUAGGGGCUAGAGGUGUAGCUCAGUGGUAUAGCACAGGUUUAAGCAUGAGCAAGGCCCUGGGUUCCAUCCCAGCACAAAACAAAACAAAAUAAAAACAGAAAAUAAAUUGUACAGGUGAUCAACGGCAUUGUAAGAAAUAAUAAAUGUUUGUGGUUUGAAUUCGUAA